AAAACUGGUUGCGGAAGUCUGAGUUACGUUGGGGGGUUACGUUUAAGUUGAUCAGUCUUCACUUCCUGUACAGUGGGACAUCCCGCUGCAUCAGUGUCCGCCGUAUCCAUGGUGAAACAGUCUCUUUUGACAUUUAUUUGAAACACUGCGUCGACGCUAAAUACCUAGGACAGAUAUGCGACUUUACUUCAGCUUGUUUACGUCCAGUAUGUGAACGCUGUUCUGAAUUAAAACUUGCCGUAAAAAAACGUCGGUACGCUACAUCUGUUUGUCCAUGGACAUGGAGCCUGGAAUCACGGUGAAUCGAAUGUGUUCGUAAGCGGGAACGAGGACAAGUUGGCAACAUCUUGGCUACAUUUCUGUUCUCCUACCCUUUGUAGCAUAUUUCAAAACAAAUACUUCGGAAGGAUAUAGAACAACCUGGCAAAAUGGGGAAAUAUCGGAAUCUAUGUUUAUCCGUAGCCAUAAUAUUGUCCUGUCUCAAACACGGACUUGCAUUCAACCUUGAUAUUGACAAACCUUCUGUAUUCUCUGGUCCUCGAGGGAGCUAUUUUGGAUUUUCUGUGGAUUUUUUCAAACCGAGUAACAGACAAUUAAAUGUUCUUAUAGGUGCCCCAAGAGCAAUCGUGUCAACACUGUCAAACGUGUCAGAGAGAGGCGCAGUUUACAGCUGCCCCUGGCAAACCGGAGAUGGCUGUAAGCAAAUACUAUUUGACAAUUCGGAUGAUCGGAAGAAUGAAAACAACCAGCAAAUGGAGUUCAAGACCAACCAGUGGUUUGGAGCUACGGUGCGAUCCGCUGGGGAUCAUAUUUUGGCCUGUGCGCCUCUGUACCAGUGGAGUACCUAUGGUCUUUCAGAGAGGGAGCCCGUCGGAACCUGCUUUCUGAAGAAAGGAACAAGUGUGGUUGAAUACUCCCCUUGUCGCUCAAAUUUCAACUCACCAGAGGGACAAGGUUUUUGUCAAGCUGGAUUCAGUGCAGAUUUUGUGAAGAAUAACAGAGUUGUUGUCGGCGGACCUGGCAGCUUCUAUUGGCAAGGUCAGCUCAUCUCUGAUGACAUAUCGGAAAUCAUAGACAAGUAUAACAACAACUUCUACACAACGUACAGCGGUCAACUAACCACCAAGUCAGCAAGCGCCCAGUAUGAUGACAGCUACUUAGGGUACUCUGUAGCAGUGGGGGACUUCAAUAACGACGGGGACGAAGAUUACAUUACUGGAGUGCCCAGAGGAGAAAAGGCCCUUGGUUAUGUUAACAUUUUUAAUGGGAAGAAUAUGGUGUCUAUGCUUAACUUCACUGGUGUUCAGAUGGCUGCCUAUUUUGGGCAUUCGGUAGCGGCUACUGACAUUAACAAUGAUGGGCUGGUGGAUCUGUUUGUGGGAGCCCCUCUCUUCAUGGACCGUGGCUCCGACGGGAAGCUGCGAGAGGUGGGGCAGGUGUACGUGUACAUGGGCAAGGGCGCCUUCACCUUCCUCAGCCCCCAGAAGCUCACCGGCUCCGAGAUCUACGCCCGCUUCGGCAGCUCCAUCGCCAGCCUGGGGGACCUGGACCUAGACGGCUUCAACGAUGUGGCCAUAGCCGCCCCCUACGGAGGACCGGACCACCAGGGUCUGGUGUACAUCCACAACGGCAGGGCAGCGGGGCCUGAGCUCACAGCCUCCCAGGUGCUGGAGGGCCGCUGGGCCUCCACCUCCAUGCCUCCCAGCUUUGGCUACGCCAUGCACGGCGCCACAGACAUCGACCUGAACGGAUACCCAGACCUGAUUGUGGGCGUGUUUGGCGCUGACAAAGCUGUUCUUUACAGGGCUCGGCCAGUCAUCAGUGUAAACGCCACCCUGGACAUCAGCCCUCAGAUCCUGAACCCAGAGGCCCGGAGCUGUCAGCUGCCUGGCACCUCCACCUCAGUGUCCUGUUUUACAGUGAAAUACUGCCUGAAGGCAAGUGGAAGAGGUGCCCCAUCCAAUUUGAACUUCCAGGUGGACAUCGUCCUGGACAAGCUCAAGCACAAGGGGGCGGUCAAGCGCGUCCUCUUCCUCCACAACCGCCAGUCCCAGUAUUCCAAGAACAUGACCGUGUCCAACGGCCGAGCCCCGGGCUGCGAGGAGCUGGUGGCCUACUUGAUCGAUGACUCAGAGUUCAGGGAUAAGAUCACGCCCAUUGCUGUGUUCAUGGAGUACCGGCUGGACUACAAGACGGCUGCAGACAAAACUGGCCUGCUACCCAUCCUGGAUCAGUCCACGCCUGCCAACGUGACCAAACAGGCUCAUUUAUUAUUGGAUUGCGGGGAAGAUAAUAUCUGCAAACCAGAUCUGAAAUUGUCUGUGGUGAGUGACCAGAAGCAGAUCUACAUUGGUGAUGAUAACCCCCUGACCCUCGCCGUCACCGCAGACAACAGCGGGGAGGGGGCUUACGAGGCUGAGCUCCACGUCAUCAUGCCCCCGCAGGCCGACUUCAUCGGGGUGGUGCGCAACAGUGAGACGCUCUCCAGGCUCUCCUGUGCUUACAAGAGAGAGAACCAGACCAGGAUGGUGGUGUGUGACCUGGGAAACCCCAUGAAGGGCGGCACAAAGGUCGUGGCCGGGCUUCGCUUCAGCGUCCACCAGCUGUCAGAGCAGGACACCUCUGUCAAGUUUGACCUGCAGAUCAUCAGUUCUAACCAGUUCAACAACACCAGCAACCUGGUCUCCAGUGUCACGAAGCUUGCCGUCUUAGCCAGAGUGGAAAUAAGAGGUGUAUCUGCCCCUGAUCAAGUCUUCCUCCCCAUUGCCAACUGGCAGCCCAAAGACAACCCAGUGCUGGAGGAUGACAUUGGUCCCCUCAUCCUCCAUGUGUAUGAGCUCCGGAACAAAGGCCCAAGCACAUUCAGUAAGGCUAUGUUGGACAUCAAGCUCCCUUACAAGUACAACAACGGCUCUCUGCUCUACAUUACCAAGUACACGGUGGAUGGAGCCAUGAACUGCAGCACGGACAUGGAAAUCAACCCUCUCAACGUCUCUAACCCCACGUUUUUGGACAAGAAUGUCACGGUAUCCAGUGGAGACCGGUCGGAGAGCAGGAACCGCAACCACGUGCACCGCCGUGACCUGGAGAGCAAGCAGAUGGAGGGGGACCUUGAAACGCUGGACUGUGACAAGGCCAAGUGUCUGAAGAUCCAGUGUCGGGUGGGGCGACUGGAGAGGGGACAGAGUGCCAUCCUCUUCAUCCGCUCUCGGCUUGGCGUGGGUACCUUCCUCAAGGCCGAGUCCCAGAACCGCUCCUACAUCGUCAAGUCCUCAGCCACUUUCAAUGUCAUUGAGAUGCCCUACAAGAACUUGGUGUCUGAGUUUCCAUCCAACAGCACGGCGGUGAACCUGGCCGUGAUCUGGGUGAAGACAGACUACACCCAGCCUGUGCCAGGAUGGGUUGUUGCCCUCGCUGUGUUGGCUGGCCUCCUCCUGCUAGCCCUGCUGAUCUUUGUGAUGUACAAGCUGGGCUUCUUUAAGCGAGUGCGCCCCCCUCAGGGAGACUGCACAGAGAAGGAGCAACUGCAGCCACUGGAGAACGGCGACCGCAACACAGAGGCAUGAGGGGCCGUCAGAGCACUGUGUCAACGCCACAUCUCCAAGAAUGAACUGGGAAAUGUCUUAUGGGGACCGCCAUAAGACAGAACUAUACAGUUGUGUGUGUGUGUGUGUGUGCGUGGGUGGGUGGGUGGGUGGAUGUGUGUGUGUGUGUGUGUGUGUGUGUGUGUUUUGUGAGUCACGUGAGUCACGUGGCCAAUUUGAAAAUCUUGGGACAGAUUGACCCAUAAAUGCAGUCCUUUGCCAACUUUGGCUGUGCAUACGCAGUACUUUCAAUUGUGGACACUGGAGGAGUGAUUGCUUUUGGUCUAGACUGCUCUGAUUCGUGUGACUGCCACAGUGCUUACAACAGGGGGAAAACCCAAACGAAGAAGUGCUGAAACCUUCAAAUGCAGUGGUGUUCAUGUCUUUUGACUGUCCCUCAUACUGGGACGAGUGCCAAUCCUGUUUGACUGUGCUUCAACAAAACCUGCUGGUUAAAUCUAUGCAUAUUUACUGCACUGACUUUCAUGAGAUUCCCUUGGCAAAUGUAGUUGAAAUAUGAGGCGUUUGAAUAACCAUUGUUUACACUGUUAGUUUGAAGCAAUAGAGAAUAAAUAGGUCUUAACUCUGUAAUAAAUGUAGUGUCAAAUGGAUUGGGAAAUUUGCAAUAAUCAUGUACCUUGAAUAGCUACUGCCAUAUGCUGCUUCAGGUUAAUAAUAUGCCAAGAAGGAGGCCACUUUAAAACCUUGGUUUCACUAAACAGUUUGACUCCUCUGUUGUGUAGUAAUUUAAAUUCACUCCUAUUUCAUUUCCUUUUUUUUUUUUAAAUAUAAUUUUUUUUUUUAGAUGAAAUGUUUAAAUUAAAUUAUUGUUAUUUUGUCUUUCUUCCUCUGACUUUUAGGUGGUGGAAAUAGAAUAAUUUCAUGGAUUACUUAAAUUUGUAUUUUUAAAAUAUGGUUUGCAUUUUUUACUAUUCUAAAAUAUAGGUACUACAUUCACCAUAAACGUAUCACUCCAUCUCAUCGUAAAUAAAGUCUAACACUUUUUUUAUUUGUAUUUCCAAACACUCUCACUGUCACAACAUUGUCAUUUCAAUACAAAGACUCAAGUCCAAGGGCAUAGUGUGAAGCUGUUGUGAGCUCUUGCUUUAGGAGCAGAAAGUACAAUAGACCAUCACUGCAUAAUGGAAAGUAUUUUACGGCGAAAACAGCAGUUCUUCACAACUAUAAUAGUACUGUAAGACUGAAUACAGUCUACCAGUCUAGCUUGAGGUUUUUUUGUCAGUCUGCAUCGGUCUAUUUUUUUGCACAUUCUUCAUGGCUGUCAACACAUUUCUUCACAUAUUGCACAUAUAGAAGUCUUCUCACUUCCUUCAACAGUAUGACUUCACCAUUUUAAAUUACAUUAACCUAAAGAAAUUGACUAGAUCAUAAUGAUCACAUGAUGAAUACACGAUACUUGUAAAUCACAAUUUUUGUAAUAUGAUUGAACUUUGAUUUUAUUUUGUAUAUGUAUAUAAAGAUUUUUAAUUCAGUCCUGACUGUAUCCCUCCACCAACAUGUAUAGAACAGCUCAGUUUGAAGUGUUAAAAUGAUCCGUUUCCACAUGUGGAAUAACUCAACAAAACCCUGCAGUCACUCCAGUUUGUGAAUUUGUAUACUGACAUUUGGUGGGCGAAAUGGGUUAACAAGGAUAAACUGUUAGAAUUUCAAGAGGUAUCAGAUAUACUGUAUUUUCACCAGUGCUUCCAUUACUAUUAAAAUACGGAUGUGAUAAA